UCCCUUCUUCCAAGAAGGCCCUUCAUCCCAUGCCCCAGUCGGUUCCCUUCUUGCUCUUGUUUCACAUUGGGUGGCCCAGCUCCUGCGCACUUUUCCAGAAGAGUGAAGACACUUCCACGUGAACAGCUGACCAUGUGCCUGCCCUGAGCAUCGAGGCCCACCAGGCAUCUCUGUUGUGGGCAGCAGGGCCCGGCAUUUGUCUGAGGACUCCCACAGUUGGCAGGCUCCCCCAGCACCCGGGUCUGGGCCUCGGCCCCACCAUGUCGAGCCUCAGCAGUGGCUCCCAGGACACCAGUGGCAGUAGCAGCACCACCAAUGGCAGCAGUGGCAGUGGCCCAAAGGCAGGAGUGGCCAACAAGAGUGCAGCGGUGGCUACUGCUGCACCAGCCUCCGUGGCCGAUGACGCACCACCCCCCGAACGUCGGAACAAAAGCGGCAUCAUCAGCGAACCCCUCAACAAGAGCCUGCGCCGCUCCCGCCCUCUCUCCCACUACUCUUCCUUUGGGGGCAGUGGGGGCGGUGGCGGUGGCAGCAUGAUGGGUGGGGAGUCUGCCGACAAGGCUGCUGCAGCCGCAGCUGCUGCCUCCCUGUUGGCCAAUGGGCACGACCUGGCCGCAGCCUUGGCUGUGGACAAAAGCAACCCUACCUCAAAGCACAAAAGUGGUGCUGUGGCCAGCCUGCUGAGCAAGGCUGAGCGGGCCACGGAGCUAGCAGCUGAAGGACAGCUGACGCUGCAGCAGUUCGCGCAGUCUACGGAGAUGCUAAAGCGCGUGGUGCAGGAGCACCUACCGCUGAUGAGCGAGGCGGGUGCGGGCCUGCCCGACAUGGAGGCCGUGGCAGGUGCCGAAGCCCUCAAUGGCCAGUCCGACUUCCCCUACCUGGGCACCUUCCCCAUCAACCCAGGCCUCUUCAUCAUGACCCCGGCGGGUGUGUUCCUGGCUGAGAGUGCGCUGCACAUGGCAGGCCUGGCCGAGUACCCCAUGCAGGGCGAGCUGGCCUCCGCCAUCAGCUCAGGCAAGAAGAAGCGGAAACGCUGCGGCAUGUGCCCGCCCUGCCGGCGGCGCAUCAACUGCGAGCAGUGCAGCAGUUGUAGGAACCGAAAGACUGGCCAUCAGAUUUGCAAAUUCAGAAAAUGUGAGGAACUCAAAAAGAAGCCUUCCGCUGCUCUGGAGAAGGUGAUGCUUCCGACGGGAGCCGCCUUCCGGUGGUUUCAGUGACGGCGGCGGGAACCCAAAGCUGCCCUCUCCGUGCAAUGUCACUGCUCGUGUGGUCUCCGGCAAGGGAUUCGGGCGAAGACAAACGGAUGCACCCAUCUUUAGAACCAAAAAUAUUCUCUCACAGAUUUCAUUCCUGUUUUUAUAUAUAUAUAUUUUUUGUUGUCGUUUUAACAUCUCCACGUCCCUAGUAUAAAAAGAAAAAGGAAAAAAAUUUAACUGCUUUUUCGGAAGAACAACAACAAAAAAAGAGGUAAAGACGAAUCUAUAAAGUACCGAGACUUCCUGGGCAAAGAAUGGACAAUCAGUUUCCUUCCUGUGUCGAUGUCGAUGUUGUCUGUGCAGGAGAUGCAGUUUUGUGUAGAGAAUGUAAAUUUCUGUAACCUUUUGAAAUCUAGUUACUAAUAAGCACUACUGUAAUUUAGCACAGUUUAACUCCACCCUCAUUUAAACUUCCUUUGAUUCUUUCUGACCAUGAAAUAGUGCAUAGUUUGCCUGGAGAACCCACUCACGUUUAUAAAGAGAAUGUUGAUGGCGCCGUGUUGAAGCCCCUCUGUAUCCAUCCACGUGGGCAGAGCUGCCUUGAGGAGCUCACAGAGGGGGAGGGAGAAGACUCCCCAACCCCCAGGCCCAGGCCAGGCGUGCUACACCCACAGUCCCCACAACGGGGUCCCCCACCCCAACAAUGAUUUUGCAAAAAUGAAAGUUCUGUUUGUUUAUUCAUUGAGAUCUGGGGAGCCCAUGUCUCGAUAGUUCUGAUCGUGAUCGUGGCUACUUCCCUUAGAGAAAGUAAGUCCUUUUUUUCCCGGCCUGGCUGAUGGCGACAGAAGAAAGGGCUUCUUUGCGUGGUCCCCUGCCAGUGGGGGUGGGUCCCCAGGGGGGUCCCCUUCGGCCUGGGCCCUCUUGCCCAUGGCCAGCUUCCUGCUGAUGAACAUGCUGUUUGUAUUGUUUUAGGAAACCAGGCUGUUUUGUGAAUAAAACGAAUGCAUGUUUGUGUCAUGAA